AUGAACAGAGAGUCUACCAUUAUAGUCGUUGCCGCUCGCUCAGAAGUUGUGCAUCCGUCAGGAAUCAUUAUCAUUUCAACAGACUCACAAUGCAGUCAACAAAGACGCCACGGACCUGUGACCAGUGCAGAAUGCGGAAGGCUCAUAUCGUCUCCAAAAGCGACUCAGAAAACCCAGCAGCCCGAUGGGCUUCAGACUAGAACUAACUAUUCACUUGGCAUAAGCAGCUAUCCUGCUCGACCUGAGCAGAGGUCGUCCACGAGUACCACAGGAUAUCGGCAGCCGAUACGUAUAGAAGAUAUCACGCAUCGAGGAGAGCAAUCCUCUAGCAAUCGCAUACCCGAAGACUCGUCCGCUGCCCAGGCUGCUGUCUCGAGUACACUGUCACCGCUAAUCAGUAGCGGUACGAACGCGACUAUAAGCUGGCUCGACUCAAUAUUGGACGAUACAGCUAUACCGUUGUUAUCAUCGGCUAACCUGGGAGUCGUAACUCAUGGUGGACCAGAAAGCAAUACUCUCUAUGUUUCCGAUCAGGCCCAUUUAUUAUCUCUUGAAAGUCCGAUAGGCACCUAUAAAAGCGCUCCAGGUCAGACCGAAGCUGCAAAUGGCCACCAAGGCGAAGAAAUUACAAGCUGGGCCAACAUGAGCCAUUUCAUCGCGCUUUUCUUGCGAUACCUGUAUCCCCUGAUGCCACUCGUCCAUCGACCGACUUUUGCAGAACAACUUGCCACACGUAGGGAUCUGGUGGAUAAUGAUUUCAGAGCUUUGCUGUUGAGUAUAGUCGCCUAUGUGAUCUCUCAGUUGCCGACAAGCCGACUGGUCAACGAGAGAUUCGAUAUCGAAGCAUUGAAAAGUUUACAGAGAAAGUGUCACAGAACAUGCAGAGGCCUUCAGCGGACAUGCUACGGUCCUACAACUUGUACGCAGAUCUCCACUAUAAUAUUCGAUACAUUUUAUUUGCUUUCCAUAGGCCUAGGUCAUACAGCCAGCGCCCGACUUGGGCAUGCUAUCCAGCUAGCGUUCUCCAUGGGAAUGCAUAGCGACGCAAAGACAGAUGCCCUGGGUCUGGAUCCCAUCGAAGUCCAGCUGCGAAGAAGGGUUUUCUGGCAGCUAUACGCAACCGACAAGACGCGGGCAAUAUCUGAUCUGCCCAUGAUGAUCAACGAUUUUCAAGGAGUAUGCUCACUACCAGAACCAGUCGACGAUGAAUUUAUCACGAUCCAAGGAUCCUUCCUACAACCUACUUCACGUCCCUCAGCUAUAUGUGGUUUCAUCGCGGUGUCAAAGCUGUUCAAGAUCUUAUCUGAGUGCUUGUUUCACCACCGAUGUAUCAUGGCGAAGAUCCAGCUCACCGAUACGGCAUGCACCGAAACUUUGGAAGAUCGCCUGCAAGAGGUGCUUCGAGAUUUCCCAGACGGCUCGUACAAGUUGUCCGGUAACAACGAUGGGAUCGUGCAGAACAUGCUUGCGGUACAGCGAGCAAACAUCCUGAUCACUGCAGCUAUCUGCAAGUUCGCUCUGUACGAUUUGCGAGCAUCUAUGCAGUCUGACAAGGAACAACUGGCCAAGGAGCGAGAAGCGAUAGCGAGAGAGAUUCAUUCUUCCUUGAUGAAUAUCCCAUUGGAGGAUUUGGCAUCCAAUGGCGAAUCCGUCCGAAGCAAGAUAUUUCACAUAGUCUGCGCAUUAUGCGAUCAGAAACCAACAGGAGGAGUCGAUCACGGUCUGAUAUGCGAUUGGUACAGCAUGUUUUCAACGAUUAGUUUUGUGCAGAUGCCCCCGCCACCACCGGAAGAUGCAGAUGACGGGCUUUCCCCCAAGUAG